UGUGGGCGGAUCCGGGCUCUCUGCGCAAGCGCAGUAGCCGCGUGGUCGCCAUUGGGCUGUCAGUCUGGCGUGCGACUGGAGGCAGAGGCGGAGGUUGGAAACAUGGAGUUCCAAGCGGUGGUGAUGGCUGUGGGUGGAGGAUCCCGGAUGACAGAUUUGACUUCCAGUGUUCCCAAGCCCCUGCUCCCUGUUGGCAAUAAACCUUUGAUCUGGUACCCAUUGAACCUGCUGGAGAGUGUCGGAUUUGAAGAAGUAAUUGUGGUGACGUCCAAAGACGUGCAGAAGUGUUUGCCCUACACAGAUUUCAAGAUGAAGCUCGAUGUGGUGUGCAUCACGGACGAGACCGACAUGGGCACAGCCGACUCUCUGCGCCACAUUUCUCAGAAAAUUAAGACAGAUGUGUUGGUGCUGAGCUGUGAUCUAAUAACAGAUGUUGCGCUCCAUGAGGUUGUGGAUCUGUUCCGUGCACACGAUGCUUCCCUUUCGAUGUUGAUGAAAAAAGGCCAAGAGUCCAUGGAACCAGUCCCAGGACAGAAAGGGAAGAACAAGCCAGUGGAGCAGCGGGACUUCAUUGGUGUGGACAGCACGGGGAAGAGGCUGCUCUUCAUGGCUAACGAGGCCGACCUGGACGAAGAACUCGUCAUUAAGGCAUCGAUCCUGCAGAGGCAUCCUAGAAUACAUUUCCAAACAGGUCUUGUGGAUGCCCAUCUCUACUGCCUGAAGAAAUACGUUGUAGAUUUUCUGGUUGAAAACAGGUCAAUCACGUCCAUCCGGAGUGAGCUGAUUCCAUACUUAGUUAGGAAACAGUUCUCCUCGCCUUCAUCACUGCAGGGAUGCACUGAAAAAGAGCAGACCCCAGAGAAGAAGGACCAGAAGUCCAUAGAUAUUCACAGCUUCCUAAAGGACAACGACCUGCUGGCCGUGGAGCCCCAUAAUGCCUAUUGGAAGGACUGUGGAGUUCCUCGAGGCCGAGUCAGCUGCUACGUCCAUGUCAUGAAAGGGGGGUUCUGCUCUCGAGUGAACACCCUGGGGCUCUACAUCGAAGCCAACAAGCAGAUCCCCAAAUUGCUACCUGUUCUCUGCCCUGAGGAAGCCUUGCUUCACCCGUCUGCACAGAUCUUUGACCAGGCCCUGGUCGGACCUGACAGCAUCAUUGGACCAUCUGUGCAGGUGGGUGAGAAGACCUCCAUUAAAUACUCCAUCAUUGGGUCCAGCUGCCUCAUAAGAGACAGAGUGAAAAUCACCAACUCUCUGCUCAUGAACUCUGUCACUAUUGAGGAAGGGUGCAGCAUCCAGGGCAGUGUGAUCUGUAACAAUGUUGUCAUUGAGAAAGGUGCAGAUGUCAAGGAUUGCCUCAUUGGGAGUGGUCAGCGGAUAGAAGCCAAAGCCAAGAGAGUGAACGAGGUGAUCGUGGGGAAUGACCAGCUCAUGGAGAUCUGAGGUUGCCAGUGUCUGCAUCCUAGGACUGGGCAGAGGCCCAGCCUUUGCCAACCACAACUACUUUCCUGUCUGGCUGUUUGUAUUGAUCUCCCAAUAAAGACAUGUCUCCAGUGGA